AUGGCUACAUCGUGGUUCUCAUGGCUGUACCGCGGCUCCCAUGGCUGCAUCGCGGCUCUCAUGGAUGUGAUAGCGCUGAAGUCGGACGAGCCGGACCGCGAGACGUGGUCGGGAAAGCUGGACUUUGUCCUCUCGGUGGUCGGCUACGCUAUCGGCCUCGGCAACGUCUGGAGGUUCCCCUACCUCUGCUACAAGAAUGGUGGAGGCGCCUUCCUGAUCCCGUACCUGCUGACGGUGGCCACGUGCGGCGUGCCCAUGUUCCUGCUGGAGGUGUCGCUCGGCCAGUACCUGUCCAUCGGAGGACUCGGCGUCUGGAAGAUCAGUCCGGCCUUCAAGGGCGUUGGGUUCGGAGCAGUGAUCCAGUGCAUCUGGCUGAAUAUCUACUACAUUGUGGUGCUGUCAUGGGCGCUCUUCUAUUUUUUCUCUUCCUUGCGAGCCGCGCUGCCCUGGGGCGAAUGCGACAACUGGUGGAACUCGGCCACGUGCGUCAGCCCGUACGAACGUGACAAGCUCGACUGCUGGACCGAGAGCUUGAGCAAUUUCAGCAGCAGGACCUACUGCCAGCUGGAGAACUAUGUCGUCAAUGAGAAGGACAUGACGGACCCCGUGCGGGAGUUCUGGGAGCGCCGUGCGCUCGGCAUUUCGAGCGGCAUCGAGGACAUGGGGUCGGUGCGCUGGGAGCUGGUGGGCACGCUCGCCCUGGCCUGGGUCCUCUGCUACUUCUGCAUCUGGAAGGGUGUCAAGUACACUGGAAAGGUGGUGUACUUCACGUCACUCUUUCCGUACGUGUUGAUGACCAUUCUGCUGGUUCGCGGCGUCACUCUUCCGGGGGCCAUCGAGGGCAUCAAGUUCUACAUCCUUCCGGACAUCAGUAAGCUGACGGAGGUCAAGGUGUGGAUUGACGCUGCCACCCAAGUGUUCUUCUCGUACGGACUGGCCCUGGGCUCUCUCAUAGCGUUGGGCAGCUACAACAAAUUCAACAACAACGUGCACAAGGACGCCAUGAUCAUUUGCACUAUCAAUUCCUGCACAUCGAUGUUCGCCGGCUUUGUCAUCUUCUCGGUGAUCGGCUACAUGGCCACGCUGCAGGGAAAGCCGGUGGAGGAAGUGGCGGCGGCAGGCCCUGGUCUGCUGUUCCUGGUGUAUCCGUCAGCCCUCCUGCAGCUGCCGAUCAGCCCGCUGUGGUCGGCGCUGUUCUUCCUCAUGGUUCUCAUGCUCGGCCUCGACUCUCAAGUGUUGGCUCCAGCGCUUACCAAGCGCCGUCAGCAUGACCGGCGGGCUGGCACCCUGGACGCCUGGGCCUAG